UACCCACUUUUUCGUCUCAUUAACUGAAUAAGUUUGAGGGAAAAAAGAAACCCUACUAACAGCCACCGCCGCCGCCAAACAUAUGUCAAAGGAGGAACAACGGAGAAGUGUACGGUCGGAAUCUGAGUUAUGAGAGUGAACCGAGCAAGAAGGCAUGGAGCAGCCCGCCUCCCUCUUCGUGCUUCUCCUCCUCUAAUCCACCGCGUGACGGCUACCGUCAACGCCAUUUCCUGCUGGUACAGCGACCUCAAAAUCUACGCCCUCAACGAACCUCUCUUCCGGUUCGGCCGAAAGCACAACAUGAUUCUUAAACUCUGGUUUUCCAUUGGCACUGGUUUCGGCCUAACGGCACUCAUCGGAGUCUCUUGGAUUCUUAUCUGGCAACUAUUCCUUAGCUCCGACACGCGGUUAAGCAACCUUUUCAGCUCUCUUUUGUUCGGCUUUUCCCCUUCUUUAAGAAUCUCAAUGUCGGAUGCCGGAUAUUUAUUCAUCUCCACUUUGGUCUCCGUUUCCGUCCAUGAAUUUGGCCACGCUAUCGCACUUGCAAGUGAGGGAAUUCAAUUGGAGUACAUUGCAGUUUUUAUUGCGGUUCUAUUCCCUGGUGCUCUAGUUGCUUUUGAUUAUGAUUUGCUGCAGGCAUUGCCUCGAUUAACCUCUCUUCGCGUAUAUUGUGCUGGUAUUUGGCAUAAUGCAGUGUUCUGUGCACUUUGUGGGUUGUUGUUGUUCCUGCAGCCUGUGAUCCUGUUUCCGUUUUACAUUCAUGCCGAGAGCCCUUUGGUCUUGGAAGUAGCAUCGCCGUUAUCUGAGUUUUUGUCUCCUGGGGAUGCAAUAGCGUCAUUGGAUGGUGCAGCCAUCCAUAGCGUGCAAAAUUGGAUGGAGAUGACUGCUCUACUAGAUAAAAAGAUACUUCAGAAUUCAAGUGAUUCCCGUUAUUUUGAAGGUUUUGGUGCUGUAGAUAGCAGAAAGGGGUACUGCGUGCCUAAUGCCUUGUUGGAAGAUGGCAAGAAUGUUCAAUUGGCCAAAAACCGAUCUGUUUGCCCUGAAGAUUUCACGGCAUUUGUGAAAAUUUACUGCUUUGAUCCAAGUAAGUCGGUAGAUAUGGAUGAUGAAGAUGUUGAUCUUGGAAGAAAGGAAAAUGCACUUUGUUUGAAUACAAAGGAUAUUGUCAAUCUCGAAAAAUGUGAUGGACGGGGAAAAGUAAAGAAAAAUGGAAGCAGCUGUAUGUGUUCCGAGGAUGAGUCUUGCUUAAGUCCGGUUCAGUUUCCGGAUUUGAUGUGGAUUGAGAUUACAUAUUCACGUCUUUAUUUAAGAGAAUGCUUACAACUUAGAAGUUCCCUUUUAGAUUCCAACACUUCUGAUGCUGUAGAACAGACAUGUGGUGGGACUUUUAUUUUUGUUGGUGACAUGAUAUCGAUGGCGCAUUCAGUUCAGUUGACUGAAUAUCAACCUCGGUGGGGGGUUUUUCUCAGCAAAUAUCUUCCAAAUAAACUGGAAAAGAGCUUAAUAUGCACAUUCCACAUUUCUUUAGCGUUAGCUCUUCUCAAUAGUUUGCCCGUAUAUUUCCUAGAUGGGGAAUCGAUUUUGGAGGUGGCAUUGUCCCACUUCACAUCAUUGAGCUCAAGAAAAACAAGAAAAAUCCAUCAAGUAUGUGUUGUGGGAGGGAGUUUGGUUUCAGUUCUGGCCUUCUUGAGGAUGACGUUUAUCAAUUUCUUCUAGUAUGGUCGUCUUUCAGGAGGUCAGAAGUUAAAAGGAAAAAAAGAAAGGAUGGAGCAUCGCUUGUACCAAAAGAAAUUGAGUGGAGUUCAUUCAAAAGCUUGAAGGUGAAAGUUAAAAGAAGGCAGGGAAAGAUUUUUGAACUUCCAUUCCAUGUUUUUAUGUUUCAACUUCAUGAAUGCAAAAGGUGGCGUCCCAAAUGGAUUGGGUCGGGCAUAUUAAUCGUAAUAUCUUAGUGGAUUGUGAAUAAUUUGAUUAAUUUAGAUACCCAUAGUAAUGCAUAGAUUUUGAAGUA